CCUGCGAUGGAGCCCGCCGCGGGGAGCGAGGAGAAUGGAGGAGGCGCGGCGACAGAGGACUGCGUGAAUAGGAUCCCGGUACCAAGACCGCCCUCCAUUGAAGAAUUCACCAUAGUGAAGCCCAUCAGCCGCGGCGCCUUCGGGAAAGUGUACCUGGGGCAGAAAGGCGGCAAGUUGUAUGCAGUGAAGGUUGUCAAAAAAGCAGAUAUGAUCAACAAAAAUAUGACUCAUCAGGUACAAGCUGAGAGAGAUGCACUGGCACUAAGCAAAAGCCCUUUCAUUGUCCACUUGUAUUACUCACUACAGUCAGCAAGCAAUGUCUACUUGGUGAUGGAGUAUCUUAUUGGUGGAGAUGUUAAGUCUCUCCUACAUAUAUACGGUUAUUUUGAUGAAGAGAUGGCUGUGAAAUACAUUUCCGAAGUAGCAUUGGCUCUGGACUAUCUGCAUAGACAUGGAAUAAUCCACAGGGAUUUGAAACCAGACAAUAUGCUUAUUUCUAAUGAAGGUCAUAUUAAACUGACAGAUUUUGGCCUUUCCAAAGUUACUUUGAAUAGAGACAUCAAUAUGAUGGAUAUCCUUACAACACCAUCAAUGGCUAAACCUAAACAAGAUUACUCAAGAACCCCAGGACAAGUAUUGUCUCUCAUCAGUUCUUUGGGAUUUUUCACACCAGUUGCAGAGAAAAAUCAAGAAUCUACAGACAUCCUCUCAACCCAUCAAUCUGAAACAUCACAGCUUCCUCAAGGAUUAAUUUGUCCUAUGUCUGUAGAUCAAAGGGAUAACAAACUAUUAAAAUCAUGUCAUGAAACACUUCGCUCCAACCCAGGAAUGCCUGUGAAAUGUCUAACUUCUAAUCUUCUCCAGUCUCGGAAAAGGCUGGGUACAUCUAGUGCCAGUAGUCAGUCUCACACCUUCAUGUCCAGUGUGGAAUCAGAAUGCCACAGCAGUCCCAAAUGGGAAAAGGAUUGUCAGGAAAGUGAUGAGGCAUUGGGCUCUACAAUGAUGAAUUGGAAUGCAGUUGAAAAGUUAUGCACAAAAUCUACAAAUGCCAUCGAGACCAAAAGCUUCCAUAAAAAGGAUCUGGAAUUAGCCCUUUCUUCCAUUCAUAACAGUAGUGCCAUUUCUGCCUCCGGAAGGUCUUGUGUAAAUCUUGCUAAAAAAUGCUUCUCUGGGGAAGUUUCUUGGGAAGCAAGAGAAUUGGAUAUAAAUAAUGAAAAUAUGACCACUGACACAAGACAAUCUGGUUUCCAUCAGUCAAGUGAGUGGACUGUGAAUUCCAGUGGUAUGUCUGAAGAGCACUUUGGGAAAAGAAGUUUGAAAAGAAAUUUUCACUUGGUUGACUCUAGUCCUUGUGAGAAAAUCAUACAAAAUAAAAAAAAUUGUGUAGAAUAUAAACAUAAUAAUGAAAUGAUAGACUGCUGUACAAAUCAAAAUACAGGCUUAACAGCUGAAGUCCAAGAUCUUAAGCUCUCGCUGUGUAGAAGUCAGAAAAAUGACUGUACCAAUAAGGAGAACAUUGUCACUUAUUUUACUGAUAGACAACAAACACCAGAAAAAUUAUGUAUACCAAUGAUCGCAAAAAACCUUAUGUGUGAACUAGAUGAAGAUUGUGAAAAGACUAGUAAGAAGGACUACCUAAGUUCUAAUUUUCUAUGUUCUGAUGAUGAAAGAGCUCCUAAAAGUAUUUACAUGGACUCAGAUUCAUCUUUUCAUGGAAUUUCUAUAAUGGAAAGUUCCUUAGAAAGGCAGUCCUUAGAUCCAGAGAAAAGCAUCAAAGAGUCAUCUUUUGAAGAAUCAAAUAUUGAAAAUCUUACUGUGUCACCAAACUGCCAAGAAACUGCCUUGCCAAAAGAUGAUGAGAACUCUGCUGUCCAAGAUAGUAACCAAAAAAUGUUAGUUCCUUCUUCAGAGGUGCUGAAAACAUUAACCCUUUCUAAAAGAAAUGCUGUAGCUUUUCGAAGUUUUAACAGUCAUAUUAAUGUAUCCAAUAACUCAGAACCAUCCAAGAUGAGCAUUACUUCUUAUGAUGCAAUGGAUAUUUCAUGUGCCUAUAGUGGCUCCUAUCCCAUGGCUAUAACUCCUACUCAAAAAGAAAGAUCCAGUAUGCCCUAUCAGCAGACCCCAAAUCAGGUCAAGUCAGGAACUUCUUACCGAACUCCAAAGAGUGUGAGAAGAGGGGCAGCCCCAGGGGAUGAUGGACGAAUUUUAGGAACCCCAGACUACCUAGCACCAGAGCUCUUACUGGGCACAGCUCAUGGAUUUCUGACUUCAGCUAGUGUGGUUGGCGCACAUCUGUAA